GUCAUUUAUUUAAGAACAUGCCACAUUUUCUCCGAUAUACCUAAUGGACAAAAAUGAUUAGAAUGUUAGAAAUCUCGGUGAUUGGAAUUCUUCAGCAUAUUCUGAUUUGUAUAACUCGAGACCGUUCGACUACCUGUAGGAUUGCAUCAAGCGCGUGAGGGAGGCGGUGAUGCCCAGGAGGUAAUGCGCAUUAGUAUAAUGUGACACAAUUCGGGGUUUUUUUGCACUCGAACGGAGGUUCCUGUGUACAUCGUGUAGAUUUAUACCCGGUAAAUAUAAGCUAAUGGAGCCACCGUAAUCUCAAGGAGAAACGACAGCACGUUGUGUUUGAACAGGCGUUGGGAAUCUCUACGUUUAUCCUUCAAACCCAGUUGAAGAUGUACAGAACAAGGGGGACAUUUCCCGCAAUAUACGCGUACCUGUACCAUACAAGCUCCGUCUGAAUGGCAAUACUUGAAUGUUUCGUGAAAUCAUAUGGCAAUAGUUUUUGCACCUGAUGCAAUGCAAUCCGCAAUCGAUCGAAUGAAUGAUAAUUUCUGCAUGAGUGUGCAGUGACUAAUCGCACCUGGGCCACAAUAAGACAGGAUGAAGAUGAAUCAGACAAGCGUUGUGAUUGUUGGCUUUGAGCUUCCAAAAAGCGCUCUGUGGUAAAGUUGCAGUGGCCGAACUACAGGUGCUAUAUGAAGAUCAGGAUACAAGCGUUGGUUUGUCCUCGCAGAAAUGCCCGUGCGUGCUGUGACUUCCAGGUUCAUGUACAGGGGACUUUGCUCUAUUCCAGAUAUCCUCUCCUACAGGGCUCCUGUCAGCCUCCCCGAGGAUGAAGUGGAGGAGAUCCGUGAAGCCUUUAAGGUGUUUGACCGUGAUGGGAAUGGAUUCAUCUCCAAACAGGAGCUGGGAGUGGCCAUGCGGUCUCUUGGUUACAUGCCAAACGAAGUGGAGCUGGAGGUGAUCAUUCAGAGACUGGACAUGGAUGGUGAUGGUCAGGUUGACUUUGAAGAGUUCGUAGCACUUCUCGGACCAAAACUGUCUUCAGCUGGUAUGCCUGACAGGUUCCACGGAGCCGAGUUUGACUCCAUAUUCUGGAAGUGUGACAUGCAAAAGCUGACUGUGGAUGAGCUGAAGAGACUCCUGUAUGACACCUUCUGUGACCAUUUGACUAUGAAAGACAUUGAGAACAUUAUAAUGACAGAGGAGAGUCACUUAAACAGCCCCGAGUGCCAAGUAGAUAUUGACACAAGUCCCAUGCAACAAGUCAAGCACACCUGUGUGCGCAAGAGCUUGAUUUGUGCCUUCGCCAUUGCAUUUAUCAUCAGCGUCAUGCUCAUCGCAGCCAAUCAGAUGCUUCGAAGAGGAAUGAAAUGAACAGUUCUGUUUCUAAGACAACAAAUGACUGAUGAAAGGAAACAAGGUAGAAAUGCAAAAAAGUCCAAAUGUAACUAGUUUCUAAUGAUCAUAGUUUUACAGAAACACCAAAGGCUGCACUUUCAUUCUACUAUAAACUCAAGGUAAAGACAGACUGUUGUUGGACAGGCAAAAAAAAAAAAGAAAUUGCCCAAAACAAUAUAGUUUAAAAGUGUCAUGGUCAUUAUUGUGUAGAAACAAAACAGGAGCAAUUAGUAAUGAUCAUUGUCCUAUAAAAUAUUACAUGUUUCCUUGGCUUAUGUUACAAAGUAGACAUCUAUUAUAAUGUAGCACAUCAUACUUCAAAUAUUAUAUUAUAUUGUAUAGUUGUAAUCCACUUUAUAUUAACACUGUGUCAGAGUCAUUAUAUGACAUGACAUUAUGACAUUGACAAAAAUAUUUCCACAAUUUGUAACAACGUUGUGUCAGCGGAUCAUGUAUGGUAGUUUUAGAUACGGUAGAUUUAUUUUACAAACGUGGUCCCAAACACCACCGGUUUCACCUUUUGCGAUAUUUGUUUAUACAGAAAGAAAUGACAGAUGAAAUAAUAUUUGUCUAUGUCACCAAGAGUAGUUAGGCUCAGAGCAAUUAAAAAAAGAAAAUGAAUGUACUAGAAAUUUACCAGUAAUAAACUGUGAUGGAAAAUAGUGUAAAUUUGGUGAAAACCCAAAGUGUUACUGAUUCUAACCUGUGCAAUU